AUGUCAUCACGUGGUCAGUCAUCACGUGGUCAGUCAUCACGUGGACAGUCAUCACGUGGACAGUCAUCACGUGGACAGUCAUCACGUGGGUCUUGUGUACGAGGCUCCGUACACGACCCCCGUGUACCAGGCUCCGUGCACGACCCCCGUGUACGAGGCUCCGUGCACGACCCCCGUGUACGAGGCUCCGUGCACGACCCCCGUGUACGAGGCUCCGUACACGACCCCCGUGUACGAGGCUCCGUGCACGACCCCCGUGUACGAGGCUCCGUGCACGACCCCCGUGUACGAGGCUCCGUGCACGACCCCCGUGUACGAGGCUCCGUGCACGACCCCCGUGUACGAGGCUCCGUGCACGACCCCCGUGUACGAGGCUCCGUGCACGACCCCCGUGUACGAGGCUCCGUGCACGACCCCCGUGUGCCAGGCUCCGUGCACGACCCCCGUGCGCCAGGCUCCGUGCACGACCCCCGUGUGCGAGGCUCCGUGCACGACCCCGUGUGCGAGGCUCCGUGCACGACCCCCGUGUGCGAGGCUCCGUGCACGACCCCCGUGUGCGAGGCUCCGUGCACGACCCCCGUGUGCGAGGCUCCGUGCACGACCCCCGUGUGCGAGGCUCCGUGCACGACCCCCGUGUGCGAGGCUCCGUGCACGACCCCUGUUACACCAGGCUCCGUGCACGACCCCCGUGUGCCAGGCUCCGUGCACGACCCCCGUGUGCCAGGCUCCGUGCACGACCCCCGUGUGCCAGGCUCCGUGCACGACCCCCGUGUGCCAGGCUCCGUGCACGACCCCCGUGUGCCAGGCUCCGUGCACGACCCCCGUGUGCCAGGCUCCGUGCACGACCCCCGUGUGCCAGGCUCCGUGCACGACCCCCGUGUGCCAGGCUCCGUGCACGACCCCCGUGUGCCAGGCUCCGUGCACGACCCCCGUGUGCCAGGCUCCGUGCACGACCCCCGUGUGCCAGGCUCCGUGCACGACCCCCGUGUGCCAGGCUCCGUGCACGACCCCCGUGUGCCAGGCUCCGUGCACGACCCCCGUGUGCCAGGCUCCGUGCACGACCCCCGUGUGCGAGGCUCCGUGCACGACCCCCGUGUGCGAGGCUCCGUGCACGACCCCCGUGUGCGAGGCUCCGUGCACGACCCCCGUGUGCGAGGCUCCGUGCACGACCCCCGCGUGCGAGGCUCCGUGCACGACCCCCGUGUGCCAGGCUCCGUGCACGACCCCCGUGUGCCAGGCUCCGUGCACGACCCCCGUGUGCCAGGCUCCGUGCACGACCCCCGUGUGCCAGGCUCCGUGCACGAUCCCCGUGUGCCAGGCUCCGUGCACGACCCCCGUGUGCCAGGCUCCGUGCACGACCCCCGUGUGCCAGGCUCCGUGCACGACCCCCGUGUGCCAGGCUCCGUGCACGACCCCCGUGUGCCAGGCUCCGUGCACGACCCCCGUGUGCCAGGCUCCGUGCACGACCCCCGUGUACGAGGCUCCGUGCACGACCCCCGUGUACGAGGCUCCGUGCACGACCCCCGUGUGCCAGGCUCCGUGCACGACCCCCGUGUGCCAGGCUCCGUGCACACCGCUGCCUGUUGCAUCAUCCUCGAAGUACUAUAA